GGCAUUUGAUGGCGGGGCGAAGAGAACACUUGUUACAAAACGGCUGAAAAGUGAAAACUGGCGUGGUUAUUGGUUCACUACGGAUUCACGAAUGCGCCUGUUUUUCACAUGUGUUGGUGACGGAAGAAAGAGGGAAGAACGUGGUUCCUCUUCACAGUUCACCGGCGGUCGAUGUGGGAGCUUGGCGCAAUGGCAGUGGCAAUGUAAAGAAUAGAAGAUCACUCUCUUUACUGUUUAUACUCGAUGGCCGGUUCUUCCAUCUCUACAUUCAGGCACUCGAUAUCGAUAUGACGCCAUCCAUGAAAAGAGCAGUUGUGGGACAUGAUCCUCAGUCUGCAGUUUUCUUCCUUCAAAUUCCAAAAUCAGUUAUUUGUUCUUCCCUUUUUGCAAUAAAAAGCUUCUGUUCUUCUUCUUCUUCUUCGUAUAGUUGUCGUAGCCUCUCGGAAACCCCUCCUCUUCAAACACUCCUUAAAAGUGGUUUCAUUCCCACCCUCAAAUCCCUAAACCAUUUCCUUAUUUUUCUAUCCAGAAACCACCGAUUUGAAUCUGUUCUCCACUUCUUCUCUCAAAUGAAUUCAAACGGAAUCAACGGAAACUCUCGUACUCAAUGUAUUGUGGCACGGGCUCUUUUGUAUGAGAAGAGGCUCGAAGAAGCAGAGAAUUUCGUCGCUCAGAUGGAGAAACAUGGAGUUUUUCCCAAAAAGUGGCUCUUGGAUUCUCUAAUUCGAGGCCUCUGUACAGAUGGAAGGGACCCAGAGAAAGCCUUCUAUUUGCUGCAGAAUUGCUUGCGAAACCGUGGUAUUUCACCUUCUUCUUUAAAUUUUUCUUUGCUGAUUCACAGUUUUAGCUCUCAGGGUAAGAUGGAUAGAGCAAUUGAAGUCAUGGAGAGUAUGACAAAUGGGAAUGUUAGAUACGUGAUGAAUAAUUUCAUUUGUAGUUCGGUAGUUUCUGGGUUUUGUAAGAUUGGAAAACCCGAACUUGCAUUGAGGUUUUACGAGAAUGCUGGAAAAAUUGGAGCUUUUCGUCCUAAUGUUGUAACUUAUACUGCUCUUGUAAGUGCACUUUGUAAAGAGGGUAAAAUUCAGGAGGUUUCAGAUCUUCUUUGUAGGAUGGAGAAAGAAGGAGUAGUUUUAGAUGCCAUAUUUUACAGUAGUUGGAUCUGUGGAUACUUAAGUGAAGGGAUUUUAAUGGAGGCAUUUCGCAAGCAUAAAUUAAUGGUGGAAAAUGGAAUAAAGCCAGAUACAGUUAGCUAUACUAUUCUCAUUGACGGGUUUUCUAAGGAAGGAGAUGUAGAAAAGGCAGUUGGCUUCUUAAAUGAGAUGGAGAAAGAUGGCCUAAAACCUAAUCUGGUCACAUAUACAGCAGUCAUGCGGGGGCUUUGCAAGAGGGGGAAAUUGGAAGAAGCAUUCAAUGUGUUUAGGAAGGUGGAAGAUUUAGGGUUUAAAGUAGACGAAAUAACAUAUUCAACAUUGAUUGAUGGCCUCUGCAGGAUAGGGGAUUUUGAUCAGGUGUUUUGCUUGCUUGAGGAAAUGGAGAAUAGAGGUAUUAAAACAGGAAUUGUCACUUACAAUACUUUGAUUAAUGGUUUGUGCAAAGCUGGGAGGACAUUGGAAGCAGAUGAGAUUUCGAAAAGUAUAUUUGCUGAUAACGUUACAUACAGCACAUUGUUGCAUGGAUACAUUGAAGAAAAUAAUUUAGCGGGGAUCUUGGAAACCAAAAGAAGAUUGGAAGAAGCCGAAGUUUGUAUGGAUAUUGUCAUGUGUAAUGUACUUAUUAAGGCAUUAUUUAUGACGGGGGCAAUGGAAGAAGCUUAUAUGAUAUUUAAAGGGUUGCCAGAUAUGGGUUUGCAGCCUGAUUCUGUUACGUUUUGUGUGAUGAUUGAUGGAUGUUGUAAAGUAGGAAGGCUCAGCGAGGCACUUGAAAUAUUUGAUGCAUACAGGACAACUUCUCUGGCUUCUGGUGUUGUAUGCUACUAUUGUAUUCUUUGUGGUCUCUGUCAGAAUGGUAUGGUAGAUAUGGCAAUUAAGGUAUUUUUUGAACUCAUUGAGAAAGCUCUGGUGCCUGACAGAGGUAUUUAUAUGAUGUUGAUCAGAUCAACGUUUAAGGAAAGAAAUGCAACGGGAGUUCUGAAGUUCCUUAAUGCGAUUGAGUUCUUAAAUACUGGGAUACAUAAUAUGGUAUGUGCUGAUGCUAUUCACUUCUUGUGCAAGAGAGGAUAUUUUGAAUCUGCGUUAGAUGUGUACAUGGUUUUGAGGAGGAAAGGUUCUAGUAUUACAGAUAAGUGUUACAAUGUGAUCCUCAAAGAGCUUUUUGCGAAAGGAGAUACACUAUUUACUCCAGGGAUUUUGAAUUCCUAUAUUAAAGAAUACGGGCUUUCAAAGCUGAGCAUAUAUGAGAUACUUAUUUGUUACUUGUGUAAGAAGGAUGUGAGCAAAGCCCUUCGGUUUCUUGAAAAGAUAGAAGAGAAACAUAUAUAUAUCAGCAUUCCGAUUACAAUGAUUGAAACACUCAUAAAGAAGGGGAAAAUUUUAGAUGCAUAUAAUAUUAUUGUAGAAGCCAGAGGAAGUCAAAUAGUUUUUGAUGUGUUCACUUAUAAUAAAGUAGUUGAUAGACUAUGCAAGGGUGGCUUUCUCAGAAGGGCCUUGGAUCUCUGUCUUAUCAUGAAGAAGAAGGGAAUUACUCCUACUAUUGUCACCUACAACUCGGUGCUAAAUGGGUUGUGUCAGCAGGGAUGUCUGGUUGAAGCUUUUAGACUAUUUAACUCAUUAGAGGAAAUCAAUGUGGUUCCUACUGAUAUCACAUAUUCUACACUUAUUGUUGCUUUAUGUAAAGAAGGGUUUCUAUUAGAUGCCAAGAAGUUGUUUGAGAGAAUGAUUCUUAAUGGUUUUACUCCAAAUUCACGUGUUUAUAACUCAUUAAUUGAUGGGUAUUGCAAAUUUGGAUCAAUGGAUGAAUCCUUAAAGCUUCUUCUUGAUUUAGAAAGAGGUAUCAUUAAACCAGAUGCAUUUACUAUUAGUGCCUUGAUCAAUGGCUAUUGCCGGAAUGGGGACAUGGAAGGGGCCCUUGGGUUCUUCUAUGAAUACAAAAGGAAAGGGAUAUCGCCUGAUUUUCUGGGUUUUAUUUAUUUAAUGAAAGGACUCUGCACAAAGGGAAGGAUGGAGGAGGCUAGGAGCAUCUUGAGAGAGAUGCUUCAGACCCAAUCUGUCAUGGAGUUGAUAAACAGAAUGGGUAGUGAGAUCAAAGCAGAGUCAAUAGCACAUGUUCUUGUCCUUUUGUGUGAGCAAGGAAGAAUCCAAGAAGCCAUCACAGUCCUAAAUGAAGUGGGUAAUUCUGUUACCUCCAAGCCUUUGACCUCUUCACAUGCAACUGAUUUGGAUGUUGGGUUGUACAUGGUGGGGAAAAUAGAUGGUUUGGUGGAAAGUCAUGAAAAUUUCAUCGAAGAAUCCCUCUUUUAUGAUUUCCACGAUCAAUAUUCCAUAAUUGCAUCACUAUAUUCAAAAGGAGAAAUACAAAAGGCCRACAAGAUUGCAAAAGAAAUGCUUUCAAAUUUGGAAAAGAGUUGUUGAUUGAUUACUAGAUGAGUAUCACCUGUUGGAGCCAAGUUAUAUAGCUUUUUCUUGGUUCUUUGGCAUUUGAGGCAUGGACCCUGCUGGUACCUCCUAUGGGGCAGAGACUAUUGCUGUAGACUUCAGAAGUAUAGAUGAUUUUGAUGGAAGCUACAGGAGUGAUCCAUGUUGUCUUGGAGAGUACUGGUGAAGGAUUAUAGUGACAGUAGCUCGAGAAGAGAAACCAGUCGCUUCCUCCCCUGUUUCUUCCUCAAUCUCUGGCUCUCUCAAUCUUCCCCCUCCCAGUCACUUGCUGUCAUCAUAACAAACCAAUCCCACUGCCAUCCAAAUGCUGAUCAUCACUUUUGAACAGGAGAAACAGCCUGGGGAUAGAAGUUUGUGGUCCCUAUUUACUCAAUCUCUUGCUGACCAAGGGUCUACCAGUUCCCAGCUUCCUGCAUGCAACCACAAUGCCAGUGUGUCCCCUGUUCUCCCACCGCACUCCAACCAACAGGUGAGGUUGCUGCUUCAACCAACUCCGGUAACAGCAUCAAUCGUGAACUAGUGAACAGCCUGAAGAAGAAAGGAGCAAGAGGAGUUGGAGAUGGGUGAUUUCAGGGUUUUGUUGUCUAUUUUCAUUGAUCAUGGGUCUGUUUGUUUGACUUCAAAUACACUGGAAUUUAUUAGCACAAGAUCUCAGAUGACAGGUUUUUGUAUAUAUUCGAGUAUUCGGCUCAACUCAACCAAGCCUUGUCCCAAUUGCAUAGGGUUGGUUGGCCACAUGAUUCCUGCUUCUGCCAUAAUGCUCUGUUCAGUGCAGUAUCCAUUGUUAAAUUAUGGACUCUUAAAUCAUUUCUCCCCACUUCAAGCCAUGUCCUUUUUUGAUCAUGGGUUACAUAUAUAUGUUUUGAUUUUUUUUUUCAAAAAUUUGUGACUUGCUUCAUCUGCACCUCGGGCACUAUAAAGCCCUUCUGUGUUUUUGGUUGUAUUACUGUUGUGGUCUACCUGUUUCCAUAAGCCAUAUUUUUGUAUCAAAUAUUUGAAACAUUGGGCACCAAACUUAGGGUUUGUAAUUUUGUAUCUCCAGCUUAUUCAAGUUGAAGGAAGGUGAUCAUACUUGGAUUUAAAAAUUUGCCUUUUUUGUAUAUUUUUUGCAUGACAUAGUUGCAUAUUUAUGU